AUGGCUAGUCGGGGAGGACUGCCGCAGCGAAAGCCAGAUUUGGAAUUCUAUCUGCAUCGUGUCUUCCGCAAGAAAUCGUUCCGUCCACUGCAACGAGAAGUCAUCACAGCAGUCGUCGAAGGCCACGAUGUGUUUCUCCAAGCAUCAACAUCGUUUGGCAAAAGUCUAUGUUUCCAACUCCCUGCUGUAAUUAGCAAUGGGCUCACCAUUGUCAUUUGUCCACUUCUUGCAUUGAUGACGGAUCAAGUCAACGCUCUGCAGGCUAUCGGCGUUCCAGUCCAAACUAUCAACUCCAGCACACCUCUAGCCGAGAGACGCUUGAUCAUGACUGACAUGCUUUCCGGGCACCCUCGUACACGCCUGCUCUAUGUAACCCCAGAGUUAUGCCAAACGGACAGCUUCCGUCGCAACCUUUCCAUUGUCCACCGGCAGGGCCAACUGACCCGCAUUGCCAUCGAUGAAGCCCAUUGUAUCAGCGAAUGGGGCCAUGACUUCCGUCCAGCCUAUCAGGAAUUGAGCUGGUUCAGAAAGAAUUUGGACGACCCGCCUGUUGCUAUCACGGCCCUCACAGCUACAGCUACCCCCCGAGUCCGAUCGGAUAUCAUUACUAUCCUGGGCCUGAACUUCGCCAAGCUCAAGCUCUUCAAUACCCCCUCUGCACGUCCCAACAUCCACUACGAAGUACGGUACCUUCCAAACUACGACGAAGAUGACGAUAUCUCUCCGGAAGAUGUUCGAGUGCAAGAUCUAUUGGCUUGGUUGAAGGCCAUCAAAAGCCGUCAAGAAGCACGAAUCGGCGCACACGCAGCAGCACAACGUCCACCCAUGUCCGGAAUCAUCUACGUCGGGCUUCGUGCAACAUCAGAAGAUCUUGCCAGCAGAUUGGAUUCUGACGAGACAAUAUCGGCAGUGGCAUACCACGCCGGUCUCAACCCGCAAGAUCGAACUCGUAUUCAAGCAAUGUGGACUUCAGCGCAGCCAUAUCAACAAGGCAGCAAUGGGAAGCCGCCGCCCACCUUCUCAAUCAUUGUGGCGACCAAUGCUUUUGGUAUGGGUAUCGACAAUUCUCAAGUCCGUUUCGUAGUCCACUGGACACCACCUCGCAGUUUCGAAGGAUUUGUGCAAGAAUCAGGCCGAGCGGGUCGUGACGGCAAGGCAGCGGCUUCUCUCGUCUACUACAACACGCAAGAGCGAGACCGAAUCGCCGAUCGUCUGGGCCGUGACGCAGAAAAUGUGCGCAACCGUGGUGGGCCUAAGGCUUUCGUUGCCGGGCUGCUUAAGAACCAGAUGGCACGACGUGAGAGCUACCAAAAGGUCGUCCGCUACUGCGAGACGGUCACCAAGUGUCGGCAUGCGCUGAUCAAAGAUCUCUUUGGCGACUACGAGUUGGAAGAGAUGGGCUCUCAGCAGCCGCAGUCUGCAUAUGGUGUUGUCAAGCCCGACCCGCUCAACCCAUCUGCAUCUCCGUGUGAUUAUGCUUGCGAUUUUUGUAAAGAGGGACCCUCUGGCUUGGCAAAGCGCAGGGGUAGAAUGGACGCUGCUGAUGCUCUUUAUGGCUUUAUGAUGGAACAAAUGAACUAUGAAUAUUCUUGA